UGACCUUUGGAUCUUAUUUUUAUCUAUUUAUUUUGCUGUGGUCAUUCAACACACCCACUGGUGUGUGAUUGGAGGACUAGAUCCUACUGAUCAUUGACAGAGAGCAACUGAGCGUGUCCAGUAAGUGUGUUUGUGAAGGAAGGUGCGUGCCCUGCCACAACAUGUUUGAAGAGCUCCUGCAGGUUCCUGCGUUGUCCUCCUUGUUGGGGAUCCUCGCAGGCUUCCUGGUCAUCCACCUUUUGUACUCCAGUUGGACUUUCCAAGGUAAACACACGCAUCCUCCUGGGCCCAGAUGUCUUCCCUUGCUUGGUAACCUGCUUCAGGUGGAUCUCUCCAGGCUUGAUCAGUCCCUUUUUAAGCUGUCUAAAAAGUAUGGACCAGUCUUCACCCUCCACUUGGGACUCAAAAAGAUUGUGGUCCUAGCUGGAAGCAAGACAGUCCGACAAGCUCUCAUAAACCAUGCUGAGGAGUUUGGGGACAGAGAAUUAGGUCCUCUAUUCCAUGAUUUCACCAAAGGGCAUGGCAUCGUACUCUCCAAUGGUGAUUCCUGGAAAGAAAUGAGACGUUUCACUUUAACAACCCUGAGAGAUUUUGGGAUGGGAAAGAGGCUCAGUGAGCAGAAAAUCAUUGAGGAGUGUCAAUACCUGACUGAAGAGUUUCAAAAACAUGAAGGUAAAGCAUUUGACACCAAAAUGCCAAUCACUUAUUCAACUUCAAAUAUCAUUUCUGCCACCAUCUUCGGAAAGAGGUUUGGCUACAAAGAUCCGGUCCUACGAGAUAUAUUGGCCAAUGAUCAAGAGGCCACACGUCUGGCUGGAUCACCUUCCAUCCUGAUCUAUGAUGUCUUUCCAUGGCUGGGCCCUUGGAUUAAAAACUGGAGCGAUUUAAUGAGAGCUAUAGAGAAUAACAAGCAGCUUGUAUUGCAAUUAAUAAACAAUCUAAAGGAGACUUUCAACCCUGAUAUAUGUCGCUGCUUCGUCGAUGCUUUCUGGACACGUAAGCUAAACCUGGAGGAGUCUGACAGCCAGGGGUUACAUUACCAUGAUGAAAACCUGGUCUACAGUGUGAUGGAUUUAUUUGGCGCUGGAACUGAAACAACAUCUAACACCCUUCGCUGGAGUCUACUUUUCAUGUCCAAGUACCCUCAUAUACAAGAUCGGGUUCAGGAGGAGCUGAGCAGGGUGGUGGGAGUCCGUCAGGUCCAGAUGGAGGACAGGAAGAACCUGCCUUACACCGACGCAGUCAUCCAUGAGACGCAGAGGCUGGCCAACAUCGUCCCCAUGUCGAUCAAUCACAGCACCAGCAGAGAUGUCACCUUCCAGGGAUACUUCAUCGGAAAGGGGACCACUGUGCUCCCUCUGCUGACAUCUGUCCUCUAUGAUGAGACUGAAUGGAAGACACCAAACACCUUCAACCCUUCCCACUUCCUGGAUGAGGAGGGUAAAUUCAUCAGGAAGGAUGCCUUCUUACCCUUCUCUGCAGGCCGCAGGGCUUGUCUAGGUGAAGGUCUGGCCCGGAUGGAGCUCUUCCUCUUCUUCACGCACCUCCUCCAGCACUUCCGAUUCACCCCCGCACCUGGGAUUUCGCCGGAAGAGGUGGAUUUGACGCCGGUGUUGGGCUUCACAGCCAGUCCGUCACCUCACCAGCUGUGUGCUGUGAUUCGCCACUGAGGAGGAGAUGCAAAAGGAAAAUCUCACAGCUUUGCACUCUCUUUGUCAAUGAUUAACAUCACAGUGGACUGUAUGGGUAUGAAUGAUCUUGAAUAAAGGAACUUGUUAAAAAAAAGUUAA